AUGAAUCCGUUAAUGGGGUUAUUCUGACAACAGGCAAUGCAGCAGGCUAUUUGACUCCCAAUUAUUUUACUAAAGUUACUGACGUUAAAACAGGGAAACAUCUAAUGUAGAAAAUGGAUGCCAAACAAAAUGCACAUAUGGUACAUAAUAUACCCAACAAAGUUCAUGUUACAGGAUUCCCCAUGUAUACUCAACCGGAAGACUUGGAGAAGGUAUUUUCAGAAUUUGGCACGGUAAAGGUGGAAAAAGUGACAAAACGUUACGCCACCCUAUCAUUUAGCAGUAACGAGGAGGCGAAAGCUGCCACAAAUAAAUCCAUGAAAAUUACUGUGUAUGGGGAAAUAGUUUGUGUGAAACCUUUCUACACCAAACCUCUAAUUGUUACACCAAAAAAAGAAAAGCCGAAAAGUAAAAAAGGAAGGACUAUAUUAGGUCCACAUGAAAUACUGUUGUCCGGGGAGUUCGAUGAACAGUUGGAAAACGUGUUGAUGGCGAUACGACUCACACAAGAAGAGGUGGAGAAAAUAACUGACCUCUACUCGGAUCUUGAACAGGUUUUGCAGGUCAUCUGGCCCGGUUGCAUGGCAAUCCCCUUCGGCUCCAUAACCACCGGCCUCGGCGUCAAGUGCAGCGAUGCAGACUGUUUCAUUCAAAUCCCCAACAAACUGCGGCACUCCAACAACAACUACAUAAUGAAGGCCAGGAGAGUCCUUCAAAUGCACAAGAUUCUGUUCUCCGACAUCGUGCCCAUCCCGCAAGCCAACACACCCAUCAUAAAGCUGUACCACAUCCCCAGCCGCACCCACUGCGACCUCACCUUCAAGACGCCGCUCGGCACCUGCAACAGCCACCUCAUCGACUUCCUGCUGCACGCCGACCCGCGCCUGCUGCCCCUCGCCCUCCUCGUCCGUUACUGGGCCCAGGUGCACGGCUUCACCGGCUCCCGCAGGGUCACCAACUACGCCCUCACCAUGAUGAUCAUAUUCUACCUUCAGCAAGCCUCCGUCUCCAUCCUGCCCUCGGUCCGGUGGCUGCAGCGGGACCCCGCCCAUCGCCGCGACAUCGACCAGUGGAACGCGGGCUUCAUGAGCGACUACUCCCACCUGCCGCGCUCCACCAACUCCUCCUCCGUGGCGGAGCUGCUCGGCGGCUUCUUCCAGUACUACGCCACCUUCGACUUCAAGGAACUUCUCGUCUGUCCCUACCUCGGCUAUCCGGUCAAAAAAACGCUCUUCGCCGAUAUCUCCACUUUGCCCCGCGAAUUCAAACGCUACAGAACUAACGUGGAAAAAAAUGUAAUGUCUCCUCUGAAAUUCACAACACCCAUAUGCGUACAGGAUCCCUUCGAGCACAGCCACAACGUGGCCUGCGGCAUCUCCGCCAGGAUGGCCGCCGAUUUAUGUACGCUUUUUACUUUUGCCGCAUCUGCUUACGAAAGAGAAAAAAUGAACGGAUGCCGAGGUUUCCUAAGAAUUAUUUUGCUUCAAAAGCCGAAGACGUUCGGAAUAAAAUACGCCACAGAGUACAAAACCAACAUCAACCCGAAAGAAAUCGCCGCCAUCAAGAAUCCCGACUGGAAGUCUGUCAUCAGAGAUGUCGCCGAAAUAAUUUUUCACCAAAUUUUGGGUAUGGCCUUAAACAAAACCGAAGAGAAGACGAUAGGCACGGAAAAAGAAAUGGUUACGUUCACCACAAUGGCGACGAAGGCCGUGUGGAGAAGAAAGUCUAAGAUGUGCUAUCUGCGGACCUCCGAGUUCCUGGAGAGGCAGAGGAAUUUAACUGAUGAAAUCAUCAAAGUCGAGGAGCAAUCGUUCGAAUUAAACUUUCAGUUCGAAAUAAUAUUCACUAAUGAGCCGAGACGAGCUAAAGUCUGCGUCAGAUAUUUGAAAGGCGACAAGGACCUCUUUCGUGAGUUUGGAAGAUUUUUUCACACCAUAAUGAAUCCGUGGUUGAAGACGCUGCUGAGGCCUCACAUUCAGACCGCGAGGCACGCGCACGCAGCGCCCGACCACGACUCGCCCGACUGUGACAAUGACGACUCGCUUGACUGUGACGACGAGGACUCGCCCGACUGUGAGGAUGAUGACUCGCCUGACUGUGAACAAGACGACACUCCGACGUCCAACGGCGUUCCGGCUGAAACUAACCAUGCGGCUUGAAAGUGUUAAAUCUAAAGAAUAACAAGACCCAUUAACAUUCUAGAAAGCGAUCAGAGCAGUGAAGUCUAAAUAAAAUAAUAGCAUAUUGUAAAUGGUAGCGUAGUCCACGAUUACAACUCCUGUGCUAGAAUUUCCUAUGGCAUGUGAAUCAAAGUGUUGGCCUGUUGAUACGUAUUAUGUUACGUACGUCACAAUUUUUCUUUCAUCUUAUAUCAAGAAAUUAUCAAGUAAACCACUCUACUUGCCUCAUGACUUAGUGUCGUUAAGAUUAUUUUUUAUCCUGAACGAAUACAAAAAAUAUUUUAGCAUGUGAUAUUUUUACUUUUAGAAUUUUUUCAAUUUUUUUUAUUCUAUACUAUAUGACAUCAUUUCAUUUUAGAGUGUAAUAAGUAAUAUUUUUUACUAUCCUCUUAUAACGAUUUUAUACAUAAUGUCGAAUAGGCAUUUCUAAAUGUGUAAGUCGAAAAUUAUGACAAUCUUGUUAAUUUAAAUAAGAUAUAUCGUACGAGUUGAAAUCUCUAAAUCAAAAGACAUGUCUAUUAAGCAAUAAUAUUGUGGCUCUGUAUUAUCGAGCCAUCGAAAAAAUAUUUUUUUUAUCUUGUAUUAAAAUUUUAUAAGGGAAUAAUAAAUGAAUAGUUUUGA